CCUCGUUACCUUCCUCCACCCAACAGCAGAAUGGCAAUAUACCCCAUGGAAGGCGGCUGCGCCUGCGGCCUCAUCCGCUACCGUCUCGAAACCCAACCUCUCAUCGUCCACUGCUGCCACUGCACCUCCUGCCAACGCGAGACCGGCACCGCAUUCGCCCUAAACGCAUUCAUCGAGUCUACCCUUGUUACCCUCCUCCCCUCCGCAGAACCAACCGUCCCCGCGUCUGCGGAAAGCCCCGCGAAACCAGCCGGCCCGCGAGUCGCACAUGAAGCCCAAGCCCAGGCAGUUGAACCAGAAAUGGUCCUCACGCCAUCUGAAUCAGGCAAAGGACAGAAUGUCGCGCGGUGCCCUAAGUGUCGUGUAGCGGUGUGGUCGAACUAUGGCGGGGCGGGGCCAAUUUGUCGGUUUGUGCGGGUGGGAACGCUGGAUGAGGCGUGGAGGGUGGGGCCGGAUGCGCAUAUCUACACGAGGAGUAAGAGGGAUUUUGUGAGGUUGGAUGAUGGUGUACCGCAGUUUAGGGAGUAUUAUUCCCGUGAGGAGGUGUGGAGGAGGGAAAGUUUGGAGAGGUGGGAGGCCAUCUGGCCGGAUAUUAAGAGGUAUAAAGAGGGGUUGGCUUGAUUGAUUGCAAGCAAGCUAUUGUCUUAUUCUAGAGUUAGUUAUCUUGCAGAGCUCUACUAUUAUGGUUAAGAUG